UUUAUUUUUAAUACACCACCGCACCAACAAUGUCUCCAAAUAUAUGGUUUGGUUUCCUUUUUAUCUAUUGCAACAUUGCCUAUGCCCAAAAGACCACCAAUAAUUCGGAUCAGAUAAACAUGCCCGACCUGCAAAAUAGGGUUUCCCUGUUGGAAAAGGCUGUCGGGAAAAUCCUCACUGGGAAAGAUGAUCUUAAAUUCGGAAAUACCAGCGCUUUAAAGAUCCCAUAUCAGGGUAUACCUGCCUUUAACACCACACCGGUAGCCUUUAGUGCGAGAUCAGGCGAUACAUCCGGAAUAAGUAACGGGUUCAUUCUCAAGUUCAAUACUGUCCUCACCAAUUUGGGUAACCACUACAACCCAACAGACGGGAUCUUCAUCGCACCUGUUCAUGGACUCUAUAUGUUUCACUGGACCAUGAACUGUUAUACAAGCGGAAGUAAUCACUGUGGAACUUCUCUAAGGGUAAACAGCGCCCUAAAAGGUCAAAUAUAUUCGGGUGAGGAUGGUAGUGGUUAUCACCAUACCGGGUCAAACACGGUGAUUGUGGAAGUUCAGGCGGGACAGCAUGUGUGGAUUCAAACUACGAGCUGGUCCAACGUCCGUAUUUAUACUUGGUCUUCGUUUGCAGGUUGUUUGUUGUCAAUGUUAUAAAACAAUGAUUAACUGUAAAAGAAUGUUUUUGGGAUUUAUAAUCGAAAACAACUAUCCUCAUGUUUUUCAUAUUUAGAUGGCAAAUUUCAUAAAUGUUGUGUGUGUGUGUGUGUGUGUGUGUGUGUGUGUGUGUGUGUGUGUGUGUGUGACAAUAUAGACAAUUUUAACAAAAUACUAUUUGAAACCAAUACAGACUGAAAUGUUUGUUUGAUACGAUAUUUUGUAAAGAGAAAACCUGAAAACCCUUCGUAUGUGUAUAAUUAGAUGAAUGCAUUUAAUGUCACUUCUUAUUAAAUAUAAAGAUAUAUUUUCAAA